AUGGUAUCCUCCCCCCCUUCGUCACCGCUCUCUGUCCUCUCCCAGUCGCCCGCUCCUCCGUCUCCCAUUCCCUUGACCUUUUCCUCUUCCUCGCGCUAUCCCUCGCCGACCGCCAGCUCUAUGGCUUCUUCUACUUCAUCUGGCCACGCCUCGCCCCGGAAGCGCGCCGACAUGGCCGACUCGACCGAGGAGAUUCGCGUUCGCACCGAUGGCCCUCCCCCUACCAAGCGGCGCCGGGUCGCCGAACCCAAGCCCCGCACCACCACCUACAUUGACCUCGAGAAUCUGGGCAAUGAGCCGAAUGAGGGCCUUAAUCGGCUGUUGACUGCCCUGCGCAAGAAGAAAAAGAUUGUCGUCUUCGCUGGCGCCGGCAUCUCCGUCUCCGCAGGCAUCCCCGACUUCCGCUCCUCAACCGGCCUCUUCGCCAGCAACGGCAAGCAUCUCUUUGACGCCUCUGUCUACAAGCACCCGCACCUCAUCGCCGACUUCCAUUCCAUGGUACGCAAGCUUGCCGAGCUCACCUCCAAAGCCGAACCAACCCCCUUCCACCACAUGCUGGCCUCGCUCGCGGCCGAAGGCCGCCUCAUGCGCAUGUACAGCCAGAACAUCGACACGCUCGACACGAAAAUGCCCCCUCUCUCUACCAACAUCCCCCUCAACACCAAGGGCCCUUGGCCCACCACCAUCCAGCUGCACGGAGGCCUGGAGAAGAUGGUCUGCAUAUUGUGCGGGAACAUCGAGCCUUUGCGGCCGGAGCUGUUUGAUGGGCCAGAGUUGCCGCUAUGUGAGAAAUGUGAGGAGGCCGAUCAGGUGCGGACAACCUUCGCCGGCAAGCGAAGUCAUGGAAUUGGGAAGUUGAGGCCGCGGAUUGUGCUGUAUAAUGAGCCCAAUCCGGACGAGGAAGCGAUUGGGAAUGUGUCCAAGGCGGAUCUGCGCCGCGUCCCGGAUGCAGUUAUUGUUGUGGGCACAACGCUCAAGGUCCCUGGCGCACGAAGGCUUGUCAAAGAGAUGUGCAAGAUCGUGCGCAGCCGGCGGGACGGGCUGACUGUGUGGAUCAACAUCGAUCCUGAGCCUCAGGGUGCGGAUUUCAAGGAUUGUUGGGACCUAGUGGUGCGGGGGCGCGCGGACGAUGUCGCUCAGCUGGUCAAUCUACCUAGGUGGGAUCAACAAGAUAAUCUGGGUGAUCGCGCUGAUUAUAUGGUUUCGGGAGAUGAAGAGAAGGAAAGGAAGGUCGAGGAGGCGGUCAGGAGGAGUAGCGUGGAGGUUGUUAUUGAGGGGAGGGUUGUGCAGAAGGAAAAGGAGGCGGCGAAGACGCCUGCGAACAGGAAGUCCAAGCACGCAGAGCAGAAUGGACCCAUGCCUACGCCGAGCGCCAGCCCGAGGGUACGCAGCCCUAUGCUUACGGGGAAGACACAACCUGCGAAGAAGCAAAGUACUCUAUCCUUCGGUUCUGUUGCUCCGAAGGGUAUGACCACCACUGCUGCAAAGACGACCUCGACGAAGGUUACCACAACAACGAAGCGCAAACCCCGCCAGACCAAGAAAUCUGUAACUCAGUCCGUCAAACCCCUCAACCGCCUCGACAAGACUUUCAAAACUACCAAAUCUGCCACGGUCUCCCUUACCAAAGACCUCAAAGAUAUGGAGAAUAUCAAGCUCGCCUCUCGCUCUGGCAGUUCUUCCCCCAGGAAAUGUUCUGCCCCUCUGGAGGACGCAGACGACUCGGGAUCGGACCUCUCUGAACCACUGGAUCUGCCCAGUCCUGCUGGUCUGGAUGCUAGCAUGGCUUUCUCGUUUGACAGUAGGGAUAAUACGCUGCCUAGUUUGAGGCCUGUCGUUGGGGUGGGGGGGAAGUCGUGA